GGUUAAGGGAGGGAGGCGCUCAGCGAGAGAGCGUUAAGGGAGGGAGUCGCUCAGAGAGGGGAAGGGAUCGCCCGUAUAGGUCGCCCAUACUAUCGCUGCCGACCCAUCAAGAAUGGGGCCGCCGGAGCUGCAGAUCUUCAACACGAUGAGCAAGAAGAAGGAGCUCUUCAAGCCGAGGGUGGAGGGCGAGGUGGGCAUGUACGUCUGUGGCGUCACGCCCUAUGAUUUCAGCCACAUCGGCCACGCCCGCGCCUACGUUGCUUUCGACGUCCUCCACAGAUAUCUGAUUUAUUUGGGCUACAGAGUUAAAUAUGUCCGGAACUUCACUGAUAUUGAUGACAAAAUUAUCAAAAGAGCAAAUGAUUCUGGAGAGGAUCCAUUAAGUUUAAGUGCUCGUUUCAGUCAAUUUUUCCUGGAAGACAUGGCUGAACUUCAAUGUGCACCUCCUACUGAUGAACCACAUGUUUCUGAUCAUAUUGAUCAAAUCAAGGACAUGGUAACCAAGAUUAUCGAGAAUGGCUGUGGCUAUGUCAUUGAUGGAGACGUUUACUUCUCUGUUGAUAAUUUUCCUGAUUAUGGUCGGUUAUCUGGGAGGAAACUUGAUGAUAACCGCGCAGGUGGAGGUGGACGUGUUUCUGUUGAUUUGAGGAAGAGGAAUCCAGCUGAUUUUGCGUUAUGGAAGUCUGCAAAGCCUGGUGAACCAUGGUGGGAGAGCCCUUGGGGCCCAGGACGACCGGGAUGGCAUAUUGAGUGCAGUGCCAUGAGUUCUCAUUAUUUGGGUCAUGCAUUUGACAUUCACGGUGGAGGUAAGGAUUUGGCUUUUCCACAUCAUGAAAACGAGCUUGCACAGAGUUGUGCAGCUUGUCCAGAAAGCCACGUGAGCUAUUGGAUGCAUAAUGGCUUUGUCAACAAGGAUAAUCAGAAGAUGUCCAAGUCUGAUAACAAUUUUUUCACAAUUCGCGACAUUAUUGCAAAGUAUCAUCCUUUGGCUUUGAGAUUCUUUUUAAUGCGCACACAUUAUCGCGCCGAUGUAAAUUAUUCGGACAGGCAGCUGGAUACUGCCUCUGAUCGUGUCUUUUAUAUUUAUCAGACACUUUAUGACUGUGAGGUAGCUCUGUCCAACUUCCGUGAGGGAAGCCUUGGAGACAAAAUCCCAGCUGAUGUCAAGGAAUUGAUCAACAAUUUCCAUACUGGGUUCCUAGCAUCAAUGUCUGAUGACCUUCAUACCACAGCUGUCCUUGAUGAUCUCAUGGAACUAUUGAAGGCCAUAAACAACAACUUGAAGAAGUUCAAAGGAAAGAAGCAGCAGCAAGCACUGAUUUAUGCUCUGAUCGCACUGGAGAAAGAAGUUAAGGAUGCUCUCAGCACUUUGGGCCUGCUGUCAUCAACCCCUGCCAAGGUUUUGAAUCAACUGAAAGCCAAGGCACUGGAGAGAGCUGGGCUGACAGAGGAAGAAGUUCAGCAGCAAAUAGAGGGGAGAGCUUUGGCGAGGAAGAAUAAAGAAUUUGAGAAAUCUGACCAGAUAAGGGAAGAGCUGUAUGUCAAAGGCAUUGCACUUAUGGAUGAACCAAAGGGAACAAUUUGGAGACCAUGUGAGCCACCUGAAAAACAAUCAGAAGAGGUUCCUAAUUCUGAUACAAGUAAGCCCGAAUCAUCUGCGUCAGCUCCGACCACUCCCGUUUAAGAUACUGAUAUUUAUAAAUUGUAUUUGCAUCUAUAUUUUUGCGGAGCAAAUUAUAGUACCAAGCAGUCAUCGUUGUGCAACUAUAUACGAAAUUUGUACUAUGAAGGGUAUGAUGAAAUGAGCAAUGGUAUGGUGAUGAACUACAUUUAUACUGUCAAUUUUUGAAGUUGACCAGUUUACUGAAA